UCGCCAAUCGACAGAUUUCCGUGAACUAUGGCUGACACACAAGCUAAGCCCGCUGCGUCCAAGGUUGCCAAGGCGCCCAAAGCGCCAAAGGCUGCCAAAGCGCCGAAAGCCGCCAAGGCACCCAAGGCAGAGAAAACUGCCGCCGCCGCCGAGACAAAAGUGGCAGCCAAGAAAUACAAGCGACAUGGUCGUCUGUUCGCCAAGGCCGUCUUUACCGGUUACAAGCGCGGCUUGAGGAACCAGCACGAGAACCAUGCCAUCCUCAAGAUUGAAGGCGCUCGUCGCAAGGAGCACGGCGAAUUCUACGUUGGCAAGCGUUGCGUUUAUGUCUACAAGGCGCAGACGAAGAAGUGCGUGCCACAGCAUCCCGAGCGCAAGACUCGCGUCCGUGCCGUUUGGGGUAAGGUGACCCGCAUCCAUGGCAACACUGGCUCCGUCCGUGCACGCUUCAACAGGAAUUUGCCCGGUCAUGCAAUGGGACACCGCAUUCGCAUCAUGCUCUACCCAUCAAGGAUUUAAGUUACUGCAUAACUUUAAAUGACCUGAGGAUAAACAAAUAAAAACCGUUUUCUAUAAUAAAUGAAACAAUUUAAAUUUAA